AUGAUCACAACGCUAAUCAUUUUGGUACACUUUGUUUCGACAAAGUGUUACGCGGACGUCGCAAAAGUGCCCGUUGAGUCACUUACAAGUCUCAAACAAAACGACGAGUGGAUGACCAUUACGAACAACAUCUCAUGUAAUCAAGUCAACACAAUCACGGGGGUUCGCGUCAAACUUUUAAGCGGGACGAUCGACUUAACUUGCGUCAAAGAAGUCUCCUUUCUUGCUUUAUACAUAUCGGAAGACGCGGCGUUGAGGUGCGGGGAAGAGAUACUUUUUAUGGAUAGUCCCGUCAUAUCGAUAUAUGGGAAAUUGGAGGCAAAUAACAUUACUAUAGAGAAUGGAGCGAGUCUGAUAUUUUACAUCUCCACUCAUAUGAAUGCCAUAAGUGUAAAAUCGAGUGCAACGUUAUUGGUCAAAGGUGGGUCUAACGUGACAAUCAAUGCGUUUCUGUAUAAUGCGUUGAAGCCAGUUGUCAUAUGUGAGGGGUGUAUAUUCAACACAAAGACUUUUUUAUAUUUGGACGACACGGAAAGUGGAGGGGGCGCUCUUGAAUUUGGGGAGAACUCGAUCAUCACAAUUGAACAAAUAGUGUUGAGUGCACAACAAGUUCUGACACUCGGCAAAAACAUGGUGUUUUCUUUUCAACAUUUUGUUGUGAGGAGUCAAGCGUCACUCAUUGCGAAAGACAACGUCUCGUUUCUCGGAGGUGACAAUUCGACGUUUGUAAGUCAUUCGAAUGCUACAAAUUUGUUUGGGAAGAACAACACUAUACGAACGACGAGUAUUACGAUUGGAGGGGAUAGUGAAGGUAUUAAAAUGGUUGGAUCAAAUGAAGCCAUGGAUUAUACUAUUUUGAAUAUACAACAGUCAACAAUCGAAUGUAACGAUUUUAGAGUGGUAAACUCAUAUAUUGAUUUCACAGUGCAGAACCACAUCACCGUUUCAAACGUGUUUCAAGUCGAGUCGUCUCAAAUCAACUUUCAAACGAAAAACACACUGAGUGCGUCAAAAGUGAUUGUCGAUAAUUCAAAUAUUACAACGUUCAAAGACAACACGAUUAGAGGAGAGGAAGUCUUGUUUUCGAAUACCCCAAUGGUCUAUUUGAACACUUCAAAUAUUUUGAAAGCGUCGAAAAUCGAAACGACAUUCUCUUCAGUGUAUGUCGAUACAAACAACACAAUAGAAACAGUGGCUCUAAAAUUGUAUAUGACAGAAUUCAAAUUGUACGAUUUAAAUACACUCAAAGCAACAAAUUGUACAUUGGAUAAAGUUGAGUUUUUUGCAAAUCGAAGUAACACGAUUGUUAUUGAUCAAUAUUUGGAUUUGAUGGGUGACUCAUUCUUUCUUAAUGCUAACAACACACUUGAAGCUAAUGUUGUCACGACGGGCAUUCGGCUCACACUCACAAUUGAAUUUGGGAAUGUCAUUACCACGAAGUCAUUUGUUUCGAGCUCGAAAACGACGAUCGUGGAUGGAAAUAGCGUGUCUUCGGAACACUUUGAGAUAGCUCAAGAGGUCUUGCGGAUCAACGAAAACAACACAUUUGUCCUCAAACAAUUUGUGAUGACAUCACCGUCGACAUUUUUCACACGAGCAUUCAAUUCGUUUGAAGGUGAUAUUGUUCGUCUGGAUGGGAUAUAUAUGUCAUCAUCGAGUGACUUGUUUUGGAACUUCACACGAAUGGAAAUUGGCGGGUUCAAUUCCAAAGUUGACUUUACUUAUAAUGAUAUUGUUAACAUCACAAACAUCAUAUUGUAUGACACUUCCACAUUAACAUUUUCUCUUGUGCAGUCGAUAUACACCAACUUGUUUCUCUAUGCGUACUCGAACGUGAUAAUAAACACCGACUGCAAUAUUUAUGGGUCGAUUCUGACAUCACAAAAUUACACACGAGAAAAUCAACAAACUCUGACUUACGUCUCGCAUUUCCAGAAUACCGGAGACUUCGAAAAUGUUACUAUUGGCGGGUUUGAAUCAUUUUCAUUUGGUAGUUCGUCGAAUGUCACAAUCAAAAAUCUUCACAUUAUCGCGGGUGGGGGAGUCUACAUUUACGGAGAAACAAAUGUGUAUAUCGAGAAUUUGGUGAUUGAUAACAAACUUGAUAAUGGCAAUAUCGCCCCAAGUAAUUCGGUGUUGUUGUCCAUCGAAUCGAACGCACGUGUAACGAUUGAAAAACUGGACCAACGCCUCCAAGUUGAUAUUGAAAGAAAUGGCGACGGACAAAUCUUCAUAGUCGACUGCAUCAAUUUAAAUGUCUUCAACUUCUCUGGACUCCCCACCCCAGAAAUUCCCAUUUUGAACUUUUUGAAGGAGAAAGUCCCAGACAAGAACAUCUUUAGUUACUCGGAGAUACAAAACUGCUUCGACGCGGCCGUGUUUGCAGAGCCGAAUUAUGAGUCGGAGUUAUUCAAGACGAUGCGAGUCGACGAUGUGUUGAUUCGAAUGUGUCCGCCAAAUAUGAUGGAUUACAAACUGACGUGUUUGAUGUCUGGCAAUGUGAUGAAAGAUUAUACAUAUGGCGACGACGACUUUUCGUUCACACAAAUCAACUGCCCGUGUAAUCGGACGAUCAACAGUCGAUGCGCCAUUCAACUCCUCAACAAAGAGUCUGAAAUCACUGUUGAUACUCCAAAUAUCAAUGCCGCGUUCCUUCAGCCAAUGAAGUCACUUGUUAUCAAUGAAGGAGUUGAAGUUACUGGGGUCGUCGAAGGCUUUUUCAAAGAACUCCGACAUUCUGAUGUUGUUAUUCACAAUGUUCGAGAAGUCAAUGAGUCGGAUUACUUCAAUGAAGUCAUACAAGUCAAGUUUGAGAGUGACGGGCUGACUUAUACUGUCCCAGAAACUGCAAAUGAAGGACUUCGGAUGGGGUUACAGCCAAAUAGUCGAACUUUUAAGAUCAGGACUAACGCCAAAAUAGUGUAUUUUUCAAUGGAUCCAGAAGAUCCUUCACGGAAAACCUCAUUAAACGAUUUGAGAAGAAAACACGCAGUGCAAAAAGACGUUUUGCAGGUUGAGAAAACGUUGGACGGAAUUUCUAUCAAUUCGAACAGCCAGUCACAUUUUAUAUAUUUUAAGACAUCCCCCUCAGUCGCCAUGUUCUCUCAAGGUUUUAUGUUUAACGAUGACGAAAAACGGGAGUUAUAUCACAUGUUGUAUUACAACAAAGGAUAUUAUAGAGUCUUUGAAAAUUUGAAAGGAGAAUACUGUCAUUCGUUCUUUGGGUUACACUUAAAUGUGACGGAGAGGUGCGAGGUAACUGUCCCUCAUUGCGUGGACGAAUUUAAAGGGAUUUGCUAUCGGUGUGAGGACGGAUACUCGAAAUUGAGUAAUAACACGUGUGUUGUUAUUUCCGAAUGUAAACAGACGGAACGAGACUUUUGUGUGGAGUGUGAGAACGGGUAUUUGUUGGACGACGAGUGUCACCGAUGCGAUACACUCUUUGCGAAUUGCUCGACGUGUUCAGCGACGUCAUGUAAGAUAUGUUCCAAUGAUACAAUGCUGUCCAAAUCUUCCGACUCUGGGUUGUGUGUUUCGGACGUGUUGAGUACAAAGGUUUCCAAUUUAGGAAUAGUCUCAUGUUAUCCCGAGUACUUUUUAUUGGACAACGCGUGCGUCUUGUGCAGCAGUAAAUAUUCAAAUUGUAAGUUGUGCACACAGAACUCAUGCGAGAAAUGCUUCAAUGAAUAUGAAGUUGGUGUUGAUGGGUUAUGUCGAAAGAAAUGCACGGUGACUUCUGGAGACUAUGAGCAGUGUAGCAAAUGUGAGGAUGGAUAUUCAUUGAAUGAAGGUGGGAAGUGUGUCACAGACAUUCAAGGAUGUUCAAAAUACGGAGCAGAAGGGGAAUGCCUCAUGUGUUCGACAGAUCUGGUCUUGUCGUUUGACAAACAAAAGUGUAAUGUGAAUCGAACUGAGGACUGUGAAAUAUCAAAAGAGAGUCUCCACUGCGUGAGGUGUUGGAACCACACAUUCUUACAGUACGAAGACUGUUCUGAUUGCGAUUCUUCAUGCACAGCGUGUUUUGGCACUGACAAAACAUGUCUUUCUUGUAAUGAGACUUCAUUUGUAUCAAACCACACGUGUUAUCUGCACGAGUCGUUAAUUGGGAAGUGUCAAAUAUUCCACAAAUUAACAGGUGGGUGCGUGAAGUGCACGAAUGGGUAUUACCGGUUUGAGUUUCAAUGUGAGAAGUGUGACCCGGUCUGCGCGACGUGUGUGAAAUCCGGGAGUUGUAUAUUAUGUAACAGUGAACGAUAUAUGUCAUGUGAGUCGGUGUGUCGUUUGAAGAGUGAGAUUGUAGGGUGUGCGACCGAGAUAAGUAGUGAAAAUGGAUGCGAGAAGUGUCAAGAUGGGUAUUACAGUUCAUGUAAAGUCUGUUUGAAAUGUGAUGCACAAUGUUAUACAUGCACGAAACCGGGACGGUGUGACGGGUGUGCUUCGGACAAAGUGUUGAUAAACGGGGAGUGCGUUGACCAAAUUGAGAAGUGCACGACAAUCAACGGUUCCAAAUGUGUUUCGUGUGAUUUUUUAUACAAACCAUCAUCGAAUGGUACAAUAUGUGAGAAGAGGAGUUUGUGGUGGAUUUCACUUAUAGCGAUAUUCUUUGUCAUAUUAGUUGUUGGAGUUGUGGCGAUUAUUCUAUGGCAAGUUAUUGGGCGGAUUGCGUUCAUCCACGCUGUUGAGACGGAAGAGACGACGAAGAAAAAAGACUUGAUCUUUGAUAUCAAGAAGAGCAACAUUCAGAUGAAAGAAAAGAUCACGGAGAAUGUGGUGUGCGAUCGUAAGGAAAUAAUUUUUGCGAAAGAGCAAACAAAUGUGAACGAAGACUUUGAAAUUGAAGUUGACAACGAGUCGACAGAAAUGGUGCACAUUGCAAACGUCGGGAAUUAUGUUCAAAAGGUGCAAGUCAUUCCGAAGAUCAAUAGCGAGAAGUUCAAAAUAACCGUCUCACCCGAUUUCGCGUUGUUAAAGAAGAACAUGGCGUGCAAAUUCUCUGUAACGAUACAACCAUAUUGCUCGUGCCAUGUCACGACACAAAUUUUGAUAAUAGCAAAAUCGCUGAAAACGUGCAACGAAAAGAAAUUUCUGAUGAAUGUAGAAGCCAAAACAGUGCUUUCUUCGAAAUUGGACCCGGAAGAGAUCAAAGAAGAGUAUUUGAUAGCAGAAGGACCAUUUGGAACAGUCUAUUUGGCUACUUUCCGUGCUGCACAUGUGAUAGUCAAAAAGGUCAAAAAUGCCCAAAUGAAGGGCACUGAUCUUAGUGACUUUGAGAAUGAAGUUAAGAUGCUUGAAAAGUUUCGGUGUAAUUACAUCAUCACGUUUUUGGGAGCCGUGUUCAUCCCAUCGAAGACGUGCAUUGUCAUGGAAUACGCGAAGCAUGGAUCACUCCAAAAUUUGAUAGCGAAUGCGAAGAAAGAGGACAUCCAAUUUUUAUUGAAAGUCAAAUUCAUGGUGGACUCUGCGAAGGGAAUUGAGUACUUACACGAUAACGGAAUCUUACACAGAGAUAUUAAACCAGACAACAUCCUCAUUGUCUCCUUGUUGGACGAAGACAACGAACAAGUCAACGCGAAGUUGACCGACUUUGGGGCGUCGAGAAACAUCAACCGGAUGAUGACAAACAUGACGUUCACCAGAAAUGUAGGAACGCCAAAGUACAUGGCACCCGAAAUUUUGAACGGACUGAAAUACUCAAACAAAGCGGACAUAUUCUCGUUUGCUAUAACGAUGUACGAAUGCUUCACGUGGGGCGACGCCUUCGUCUCGUUCCCCAAUUUAUUCCCUUGGGACGUGGCUGGACUGAUCGCAAAAAACUACAGACCACCAUUAGAUAUUGUCGGAAACAAAAAGGUCGAAGAUAUCAUUGAAAGGGCCUGGGAUCAAGAGCAAAAAGACAGAGCUAACGUUGGGCUUGUCUUAUCUUCUUUAUUGUUAGUAAAUUGA